AGAUGACCAGAAUGAAAAACCAAAUACAGUUCACUGAGAAGGAUUAACUGGAAUGAAAACAGCCGUCGAUAAUUAGCAAAUGAAACCAACAAUUUAGACUGUGAAAAUAAGCCUGAAAACAAACCAUUACGAAAAUUUAAAAAAAUAAAACAUACAUAAAAAAAGAAAAACAAAACAAAGGACAUAAUAUUCACCAAUGUAAAAUAGAGCGCACAGCUAAAGUCCAAUUUUGUGAAACAAACUAAAUGUCAAACUGACUAAAUGACACACAUCAUGUCCCAGAUGUUGAACGUAGUUUAAAUGAAUCCCGUGUUAGUUGUACGUCUUCGUGUCUUCAUACACGCGCGUGGGUUAAUGUUUAACCGUAUGAAAACCCGCGGCGUUUCAUCUCACCGCUCAACACCUGCGCGGGCAGACUUGACGCAUGCUCACUCCAACACUUCCGGUUUUGACCAGAUGGGCGGGGAAAGCAGCCUCUUGCUAAAUACAUAUAUUUUAAACUAAGCUAACAUUUUUAGCACUUUCUUGUUAAAGAAAAGCAGUUAUGUUUCGGUGCAGGACUGCCUGGUUUUCCAAAAGUGUGAAUGAAGCACACCUCAAGUUUUGGGUACAAGAAGGUGGGACCAUCACAGGUUGGAGAAAAGCAGACUUCAUCUUCAGUGAGGAUGCAACGUCCUCUGACACAUUGAGGAUAUAUGAGAGCAAAGAUUUCCUCUGGGACAAAGUGACCGUUUUUCACAGCUUGUUUCUGUCGACCUGUGAAAAAAGGCAGAGUGUGAGAUCAGUGAGCAUUGGUCAUUAUGUGCUGCCCCCAGUCUCAGUGCAGCACGAGGUCAGAAAGGUUGUUGGAAGAUUGAUUUGGGAGUGUGAAAGUGACGUAUCAGUUAACCAGGAAAAUCCAGUGAAUACUAAAUGCCCGGAUGACGAGAGCGGAGAUGAGGUCAGCAUAAGCAACUAUGAAUCAUCUGAGGAAGAUUCAUCUCCUGAAAGGGAAGCUCACUUGAGAAACCAAGCAAACGGCAGACACACAGGGUAUAUCAGCAUGGACAGCCUGCAGAAAUAUUCUGGUGAACUGAGUGAUUAUCAUUCAAAGCAUUUCCCAUGCUUAAACUGUGGAGUCUGCGUCUGUUUGACCACCACGAAAUCAAACGAAAUGUAGUGAAAAAAACAACAAAAAACUUGAAAUAAGCUAAGUAUGACUGCUACUGUAUUUUUGGCACUGAAUACGAAGUAAAAAUGUUUAUGCUGUUAAAGUCAGAGGUUUUUGGAAUGCCUUAAUUUGGUUUUAAAAGCAAGAGUUACUAAAGCCGUUGUAGUUUGACCAAAUACCUUAUGAAUUUAUUUUAAAUAAUUUUACCUAUCUCUCCUUUGUUUGAUUUGAUUAAACAACUAUCAUUGUGCUUGUUUUCUUUCUUAGGCCUGGUUAAUUUUGAUUUACCUGUGGAUUUUUUUUUUUUUUUUUACAGUUUGUGCAUAAUGCUCCACUGUCUACUUAUGGCGGAAAUACAAAACUUACGUUUUGCCCUCAUACAAAGACAAAUAUGUAAUUCUACAAAUUCUACAAAAAAUUGAUAAGUUGCUUUUAUAUUCUGACCGUCCUUUUUUCAGUCAUUAGUUCUGCUCAAAUCCAGAUGUUUUCACUGACAUAUUUUUUUUCUCAAUUUUAGAUGUGUGCAAC